CAUGCAUACAUAUGUAGAUCUACCACGACCAGCCCCAGUCUUUGCUUCCCCAUUACCAUCUUGUGUGCGAUUGAUGUCUCUUAUCAAUCGUUGAUGUCGUCGUUGUUGUCGUCGCCAUCUCUGGUCCCUUAACAACAUAUUCAGAAGUCUGACGUGACGGCGCGGUCUGCAAGAGUAUAGCGCGACGCAGCGCAGUCGCCAUCAUGUAUCAGGCUACUAAUGUCUACGCCAUUUGCGGUUUCGCUGCCAUCGGUGGUGGACUCUUUGGUUUUGAUAUUUCCUCGAUGUCCGGUGUCAUUGGGACAAUGGCCUAUAAGCGUUAUUAUAACAAUCCUGUCUCAACGGUUCAGGGAGCCAUCACAGCUUCUAUGCCCUUCGGCUCUUUCUUUGGUGCUCUCAUAUCAUCCUUCAUCGCAGAUCGGUACUCCCGACGAACUGCCAUCCAAUUCUCCUGCACCCUCUGGAUUAUCGGCUCCAUCAUCCAAUGCGCCUCCAAUGGCGUCCCCAUGCUAGUGGUCGGCCGCGCUGUCUCCGGUAUCUGUAUCGGUAUCGCCUCCGCCAUCGUACCCGUCUACCAAUCCGAAAUCGCACCGAAGGAGAUUCGUGGUCGCAUCGUCACCCUCCAGCAAUGGGCUAUCACAUGGGGUAUCCUGAUCCAAUAUUUCAUCCAGUACGGCGCGUCUUUUGUUGGCGGCGGCCCCGACGACCCCAACCAACCCGAGUCGGCAUUUCGCAUUCCCUGGGGUCUCCAGAUGAUCCCAGCCGUCAUCCUCUUCUUCGGCCUGUUCUUCCUGCCUCGUAGCCCUCGCUGGCUGGCCAGCAAGGACCAGUGGGACGAGGCGAUCCAGGUGCUUGCGGAUCUGCACGCAGGCGGCGACAUCGACCAUCCGAAGGUGUUGGCCGAGUACCAGGAGAUCGAGGAAGCGCUGCGCUUUGAGCGCGAGGAGGCAACGAGCAGCAUGCGCGCACUCGUAGCGCCGCGCAUGUUCAAGCGUGUGCUUCUUGGCAUGAGCAUCCAGACAUGGUCGCAGUUGGGUGGAGUCAACGUGCUAAUGUACUACAUCAUCUACGUCAUGCAGGCGGCAGACAUCGGAUCGCCCAUGCUCACGGCCUCGAUUCAAUACGUAAUCAACGUGCUUCUUACGCUCCCUGCCAUCAUCUAUAUCGACCGAUGGGGACGCCGGCCGUCCCUUCUCCUCGGUUCCCUCUUCAUGAUGAUCUUCUUCUUCAUCACCGGCGCCAUACAGGCCGUCUACGGCGAAGCCGUCGACGGCCACGGUACGAACAUCACCUGGGUCGUGCGCGGCAACAAAGCCGCCUCGGGCGCCAUCGUGGCCUGCUCAUACCUGGUCGUCGCCACAUUUGCCACGACCUGGGGUCCCGCAUCCUGGUGCUACCCAGCAGAGAUCUUUCCGUCCAAAGUCCGAGCCAAGGCCGUCUCCCUCGCCACCGCCUCGAACUGGUUCUGGAACUGCAUCCUCUCCUUCGCUGUUCCCCCUUUGCUGUUCCACAUCAACUGGCGCAUGUACAUGCUCUUCGGGACACUCAACGGAUUGGCGCUUCUGCAUAUAUAUAUCGCAGCGCCGGAGACGAAGGGCAAGAUGCUUGAAGAGAUGGACGAGGUGUUUGAUAGUGGGCGCCGCGCCUGGGAGCGCCAGCCGAAGGGAUCAAGGAUGGAUGAUCUUGCGCGCGGGAUUGCGGAGGGAACGAUGUUGCCUCCGGCGAGAGCAUAUAAGGGGAUUCGCGUUGAGAAAGAGGUUAAGCGCGAUAGUGUGGGAGGAGGGAGGUCGAGCAGCACUGUCAGCCUGCAGCCAUAUCACGCGCAUUGCGAGGCAGAGCCGUGAGAGUGCUGAGUUUGGUGGUGGGGUGGUGGAGUGGGGGUGGUAGCUGGGAGAGGAGCCUAUAUUCGCGUCAAACUGCGACUACUCGCCCAGCAAAAACUGUGGUACAAUCCCUAUAAUUUGCUGCCGCCUUGAUCCAGGUAUCAACCAGUCUCCAAUUAUAGACUGCGAUACUCGUUGCCUAAGGACAAAAAAGGUCCUAGGUUAUAACAAUGGCCAACGCUCAGGGAUAGGAACAAACAUAUAUUAUGAAGGCGCGCUUUCGGCAGUACGGAUCAAAGGGCGGAUUUACUUGUAUUCGGAAUAGCAAGGCUGGUCAAGGUAUUCAGGACUUAACAGAUGUCUGGGACGGAAUAUGAGGUGGAUGGAUAUGGCUAGUUGGGCCGAGUGCUGUAUGUAUAUAAUCUUACUUCGCACUGCAGUACGACGUCUGGCGUAUUGCGGCUAGAAGUCUCACGCGUCAGUGGCGUUUGUGUAUCUAAUGAGAAGGGGUUCAACAAAGGCCUUGUGGCUUGCAUGAAUGUGAGACCUACAUGGGCGGUUAUCAGCGGUUACGCUGGCGGUUGGCUGUUGUCCUAAGAUCUACGGAUUUGAUUUAUAUCACAGCUAUAAAUGAGUAUUGCGCCCAAUGAAGAAAGAUCGUCUCAAUUUUACACUACAGUUAAAGAUAGUAAGUUACAGGGAGCCGUGGAAUAAACAUAUAGCCCAAGUCAUAUUCCAUCGUCAAAUCGCCAGCCUUCGCGCCGAGACCAAGCAUACAUUAAGUGUUAUCUGUCCAUUGAAGCCUUUUUCCGCGCAUCACUAGCACUGCUAACACGAAUCCUACACCCACGGAGGCAUCCCCAACAACCGCACCCACCCCUCAAAUCCCUGGAAGCAAAGAUGAUCGCACUUUCUUGCGAUACUGCUGCCAGUCCUCGCCAUACUACAUCCACAAGUCAGCAUUCGCUGUAUUCAUCAAUAAGACUCGAAUCAACUUACCCGAUCCGCACAAUAACGGUCUAGCACGGGAAUGCCCCUUCUCGUAAAAUCGUGGUAGAAGAACCAGAACACCAGCCCGCCCAAAAUGGGCCCCGCAGCCGCCAUCGCAUACCCAGAUCGCCAGAUGCAGUAUGCGCCGUAAUUGAUGUGUCGCGCGACACCGAAGAGGCCGCCGGUGAAUGGUUUCCCCUUGUUCUCCGGGCGGGCCUUGAAGUUUCUGCGCUGGAUCUCGGAGGUGGUUUCGAGGAGGAGGCCGCCGAUGGCCAUAGCUGUCCCGAUGAUGAAGGUUGGGGUAAGGGAGCUCAGGUCGCGGGGCGCGGGGGAGAUGAUGCCGAAGCCCGUGAGGAAGGAGGAGGCAGCGGUGGGGAGGAGA